AUGGCAAUGAUAGCGAGGCGAAAGAACCACAUGGUUGAACGGCUUUUUGAAGUGAACGGCAGGAUUAAUUACCCAAUCAAAACCCAGUUGAACAGGAUGGCUCAAGAAGAGCUAAUUGAUAUGGUCAACGUUGUUCAUCAGUUCUGCGUAUCUACCAUAGUAAUCCAGGUUGUUCAGGCUGGAAUACAAGAGCUCCUCCCAGCAUGGAAUUGUCAUACCAUUCCAGGAAAAGGUAAGCCAGUAGAGCUGAUGAACAACACUUACAGGGGAGUAUGUGUACUUCACGGUACUGAAAUUCCCCUUCCUGAGAUUGCUGUUCAACAGUAUGAAAGAAGUGGGGGUCAAAUAAAAAGUUUUGGUAAUUUUGGAACUGAUCCCUUACUGGAAUUUCAACAUCUUCAAAUAAUCAGAGACAAAGAAUUCAAAAGCCGAAACCCUAGUUUUGCUACGAUAUUUAAUGAGAUUGUAAAUAGUAAGCCAAAUUCCUUUUUUAAUGCUGUAAUUAGUUUUAUUAACAUUACAACACACCUUUCCCCUUCAACAUAAAAAAUAAAUAUGAAAGAAAUAUACAUAA